CCAGGCCUCCCGAGACGUGUUGUCGCGGAUCCUAACAACGCUUCUACGCGACCUGGCUCACGCCGCGUCCGCAUCUGCGGCCUCCGGCGCUGACCACGCGGAAUUGGCGGAGGAGGUGCUGCGAUACAUGCUACGGGGCCUGGUUGCAGCUGAUGCGCUCCACUGCAAUGCCGUGCUGGAUGUGUUCCAGCAGAGCUUCCAGUGGCAGAAAGCUUUGGAGAUGUUGAACACCAUGAAAGUGAUCGGUGUGCCUCCAGAUACCGCGAGCCUCAACACCGUGAUGAGCGCAUGUGUGAAGGUGAGCCAAGGAUCUUCAGCCUUGGAACUGCUGUACGAAAUGCCAGGUCUACAACUGGCGCCUGACACGGUUAGCUUGAAUCUUGCGAUGAGCGCCGUGAAUGCUUGGCCUGACGCCUUGACCCUGCUGAAUUACAUGUCGUUGGCCAAAGUGCCACGAAAUGCGGUGAGCUUCGGCACCGCCCUGGAUGCCUUGGGCGAGGAAUGGCCCUGGGCCUUGCAGCUGCUUAGCGAGGCCCAACGCGAGGACAUGGCGAUGCCGACGGAAAUCCACGUCUCCCAAGCCAUGCUUUGCUGCGACGCUGCGGGACGUUGGGACGUAGCGCUGGAGCUCUUACGAGUGCAUCCUGAGAGCGAGCUGUGCCGACGCACAGCGAUGGCUUGUUGCAAUCACCAGGAUUUGUUUCGUCAAAGUCAACGGCUCUUUCGCAGCACCACAGCGACCGAGGUCUUGACCUUCAACACCGGCAUGGUGGCCUUCUCGAAGCAAAGCCUUUGGGAAGAGACGUUGCAGCUGCUUUGGCUGAUGGAAUCCAAGAGUUUACAACCGAACGCUGCGAGCCGGGACAUUGCGUUGGCGGCAAUCAGCCAGGUCUCUGGCCUCUGGCGCCUGGCGCUGCAAUGCUGCGACUUCAGCAGCCAGAGGCAGUUCUGCCUGGCCAUGGCGGCCUGCGGAGCCAGCCUACAGGAGGAAAUGGCUUUGAAAGUCCUUCGUUCUAUGGUGUCGAGUCGCUUGGAAGUGAACUGCCAAGCCUACAAUGCGGCCAUCAGCGCAUGUGAGAAGAAGGGCAACUGGCAGGCCGCGCUGCGCUUGUUGGAUCAGAUGGUCACUGAUGAGAUUGAGCCCACAGAGGUCACCUACAGUGCAGCGAUUACGAGCUGUGAAAAGGCGGACCGUCCUCAGCUUUCCCUUGGGCUCUUGGAGUCGGCUCUGCAAAACGCGGUGCCUGCCGGAGAGACGUGCUUUAACCCGGCCAUUUUGGUAUGCAGCCGCAACUCGUUUUGGCCGCAGGCGCUGCUGCUCUUCGAGGAUCUCCCCAAGCGUUCCCUGCCGCAGAGUGACAUCAGCUUUAAUGCAGUCCUGGAUGGCCUAGGCAAUUCAGACACUGGCGUCAAGAUCUUCCGACGAGCGCUGAAGAUGGGGAUCUAUCCCAAGCUGCUCACAAAGACGAAGUGGUUGGACUUGCACGAUCUCUCGGUGGGGCCUGCCAUCUUGGCCAUCCGCUGGUGGUUGGCUGAGGUGGUCCCCACAUUGGCGAAGGAUCCUGGCAUCAUCGUGGGCCAAGAACUGCAUACCCAAGAGUGGCAGCGUGCACAGCUGCGCCCUGCCGUCAAGAAGCUCUUGGAGCAACUGAAGAUCAGAUGCAGAUGGGUUCAUGGCGUGGUACGACUGGAUCGACGGGAUCUUCAACCUGACUACUUGAAGAGCCUCUUUCCUCCGGGCUCUGUCUCGGUCGAGGCAACGAGGCGACAGCGAGGAAAGUCCGAAAAGUCGAUGCGCGUUGCCAUGUGCAGAUUUGUGCUAGUCGAUUACGGGAUGAUGAACUGAGCCAUAGG